AUUCCUGCGCGGCGGGCGGAGCCGGGCAUGGAGCCCGUGGAGACCUGGACCCCCGGGAAGGUGGCGGCCUGGCUGCGAGGCCUAGAUGAUUCCCUGCAGGACUAUCCCUUUGAAGACUGGGAGCUGCCUGGCAAGUACCUGCUCCAGCUCUGUCCCCGCAGCCUCGAGGCUCUGACCGUGUGGCCUCUGGGCCAUCAGGAGCUCAUUCUGGAUGGGGUGGAACAGCUCCGGGCCCUGAGCUCUGGGCUGCUGACAGAGAACCUGCAGACCCUGACAGAGCGGCUGCUGGAGGGGACCCAGGCCCUCCAGAGCUUAGUCCAAGGCCACCUGGGGGACUGUGCUGAGACCCCUGCGGAUGUGCUCAGCGUAGCUGUGGAGCUGGUGCGUGACGCCCGUGUGCUCCUCUUCUGGCUCAACAGGUACCUCUUCUCCCACUUAAAUGACUUCUCAGCCUGCCAGGAGAUCGGGGCCUUGUGCGGGGAGCUGAGCCAGGUCUUGCAGGAGGACUUCCCAGAGGCCGAGAAGGAAAGGAGAGUCCUGAGGAUCUGCAGCCAAGUGGCCGAGAUCUGCCGCAGCAUCCUGAGCUGUAGCCCAGAAGAGCUGCUGGAGCAGAGGGCUGUGCUGGAGCAGGUGCAGCUGGAAGAGCCUUCGGGCGUGGAAAUCUACACCACCAGUAACUGCUUGCACUUUGUGUCCCGAGUGUGCGCCCAGGUCCCCACUGACUCCUGCCGGCAGGUCCUGCCUGGAGAUGAGGUUGUUCAGAUCAACGAGCAGGUGGUGGUGGGCUGGCCCCGCAAGAACAUGCUGAGGGAGCUGCUACGGGAGCCAGCCGGGGUCAGCUUAGUGCUGAAGAAGAUCCCUGUGCCAGAGACACCCCCCGAGACGCCUUUGGACUCCCCACACCUGAGAAGCCAGUCGCUGGCUCUGGCCCCACUGUCUCCCAGAGUCCCAUCUGAAGACGUCUUUGCCUUUGACCUGACUUCAGACCCAAGUCCGGAGCCCACCACUGCCUGGACAGAUUCUACCUCCCUUCACCCUGAGCCCCUGCCCAGCCCCACUGCACUCCCAGCAGGAAUAGCAGAGACUCCAGGCCCCUCGGGACACCCUGACAAGAGUCCUGUCCUUGGUCGGAAGAAAUCAAAAGGGGUGGCGACGAGGCUGAGCCGCCGGCGGGUGUCCUGCCGGGAGCUGGGCCAGCCAGACUGUGAUGGCUGGCUCCUGCUGCGCAAGGCCCCUGGCGGCUUCAUGGGUCCACGCUGGCGCCGCUGCUGGUUUGUGCUUAAGGGACACAUGCUCUACUGGUACCAGCAGCCCCAGGAUGAAAAGGCUCAGGGCCUCAUCAAUGUAUCUAACUAUAGCCUGGAAAGUGGACAAGAUCAGAAGAAAAAAUAUGUGUUCCAGCUCACCCAUGACGUGUACAAACCCUUUGUCUUUGCUGCUGACACCCUGUCUGAUCUGAGCCGGUGGGUUCGCCAUCUCAUUACCUGCAUUUCCAAGUAUCAGUCCCCAGGCAGGGCCCCCUCAGCCCGAGAGGAAGACUGCUACAGUGAGACAGAAGCAGAAGACCCUGAUGACGAGACUGCGUCCCGCUCAGCCUCGCCCAGCCCAUCUCAAACUGGGAGUCCACUCCAUGGAGACAUAUCACCUGCGGCCUCCCCGACACAGCGCAGCCCCAGGACCUCCCUCGGCCCUCCAGCAGACAGCAGUGAAGGGGCACUGGAAGGAAUGGUACAGGGACUAAGGCAGGGUGGCGUGUCCCUGCUGGGACAGCCACAGCCCCUGACCCAUGAGCAGUGGCGGAGCUCUUUCAUGCGGCGCAACCGAGACCCCCACCUCAAUGAGCGAGUGCACCGUGUGCGGGCCCUACARAGCACACUCAAGGCAAAACUGCAGGAACUGCAGGCCUUGGAGGAGGUGCUGAGUGACCCCGAGCUGACUGGAGAGAAAUUCCGCCGGUGGAAGGAGAAGAACCAGGAGCUGUACUCAGAGGGCCUGGGGGCCUGGGGGUUGGUGCAGGCUGAGAGCAGCCCCCAAGCUCUGACCUCUGACUCCAGAGCACAGUCCCCCCAACCCCUGUCCUCGGACCCUGAGGAGCCCUCCCAUCUUUGCUCCUUGACCCAGAGAGCAACCUCUGACCUCCUGACCUCUGACCCUGGCCAGAACCCCAGCUCCUAACCUUUGGCCCUGAGGACCACCUCACCCCUACUGCUGACAUGUCGACAGAGCUUUCUGGGUUCUUUUCAAGGCUAGAAGCAGUGCUAGGCAUGGUCUCUCGCCAAGCUGACCCCUCUGCCUAGGCCUCCACCAUUUCUGCUCCUGUCUCCCCUGAGUCCGGGGAAGUGAGCUUUGUGUCACCUCCUCCCUUCGAAGAAGAAACUCUCCUCCAUAUUCAGGCCUGAGGGGCACAGUCUACCCGACCCCUUUCCCUCAGCAGGGCACCCUUCCUGAUGCCAGGUCUGGAUGAGUGUUUAUUUUACAUAAGAGACACUUUUCCAACCAAAUAAAGUUAAUUUCUUGAAAA